UUGCGCAACAACUUAUCGCGACAUCAGAGUAUCCUUCAGCCAUUAUGAUGGAAGAAGUUCAUGAACUUGACAAAAUGAACAAUGGACGUGAUCAUAUACCGGUUGUACAACUGAAGAAAACUAUUGGUCUUGCAAGCAGUAUAACGAUCAUAGUUGGUUCUAUGAUUGGGUCUGGAAUAUUCGUUAGUCCAACCGGAAUUAUGGAGAAUGUUCGUAGUAUUGGAGCAAGUCUAAUUAUAUGGGUUGCUUGUGGACUUUUCAGCAUGUUGGGAGCAUACUGUUAUGCUGAACUAGGAACCAUGAUUCAUCGAUCUGGAGGAGAUUAUAUAUACGUUUAUGAGGCUUUUGGCCCAUUUCUUGGUUUUCUUCGACUGUGGUCAGAAGUAGUUGUUGCUAGACCUGCAUCUGUUGCAAUAAUGUCCAUGACAUUUGCAAAAUAUAUUGCACAACCAAUUUUCCCUGACUGUGAUCAACCUGAAGUUGCAGUGCGUCUUUUGGCGGCAGUGUGUAUUAUUUUAUUAAGUUUUAUCAAUGCCUUCUCUGUACGAAUGUCUACAUUUGUUCAAGAUAUAUUUACUUAUGCAAAAGUAGCCGCUUUAAUUAUGAUCAUUAUUACUGGAUUUGUGCAAAUUGGUUUUGGCAAAGUCGAUGGUCUUGUUGGCGCAUUUGAUAACUCUGAUUGGAGUCCAGGUGCAAUAACUAAAGCAUUUUAUGUUGGAUUAUUUGCAUAUUCUGGUUGGAAUUACUUAAAUUGUAUGAUUGAAGAAAUGAAUAAUCCUCGCCGUGAUUUACCAUUGGCUAUAAUUAUUUCUUGUCUUCUCGUAACAUUCAUAUACACCAUGGCUAAUGUAGCCUAUGUGACAGUAGUCUCACCUUAUGAAAUACUUACUACACCAGCUGUAGCCAUUACAUUUUCUGUAAGAAUUUAUGGAGUAAUGUGGUGGAUUAUGCCUAUAUUUGUAGCAUUAUCUACAUUUGGUGGUGUCAAUGGUACAGUAAUGACAACAUCACGUAUGUUUUUUGUUGCAAGUCAAGUAAAUCAAAUGCCUAAAUUAUUAUGCUUUUUACAUAUGGAUAGAAUGACACCAAUUUCAGCUGUUGUAUUUACAUGUAUUUUACAAUGA